AUGCGUCUCCAGGUCCAACCCCUUUUGGAUAGUGAUUUCCCUGAAAUGGUGCCCGCACUAUGGACAUCAUUCGAAAAUCCCUUUUCUGGGAUAAUACGCGCCGCUGCACCACUCCUGAACAACGAUCGUGCCACCAGCCUCGCUGCCAGUGUCGAGGUUCAACUCGCGCAGCAUAAACGGGACCAGCCAGAGAGUACGUGGAUUAAAGUCGUCGAUGAGGACGCAGCUGGGAAACUGGUGGGUGCGGCGCGAUGGAUGGUUUAUGACCGCAAUCCGCACAACGACGGCGAGGCGGAUGUGGCGGAUUGGUGGCCGGAGGGAUCGUUGGGGAGGGAGUAUGCGACGAAGCUAUUUGCGCAGCUGGAUGCACCAAGAGCCAAAAUGGCGAGGAGACCACAUCUUUUUUUAAACAUCGCAUUCACCCUCCCCGAAUAUCGCGGACACGGCGUGGGCAGGAUGUUAGUCGAAUGGGGAACGCAAAAGGCCGACUCCCUGGGCGUCGAAUGCUGGCUAGAUGCAUCCCCUCAUGGCCAGCCAGUGUACGAGAAGCAGGGCUUCGUAUACAUCAUGGAUCAAUACCUUGCGCCCGAAAUGGACGAAGAAAACAUGUCUGUCGAAGAGAAGAAGGAAUUGAAAUGGCUUCGAGAAACGAUGGAGCCGAUACAUGUAACUUGUAUGUGGAGGCCCAAACGCGGGAGAUACGUGGAGGGUGUGACGGUGAAGCCGUGGGAACAGUGUUUGGAGAGUAGAAGUUAG